GAUAGCAUAUUUGGCGUGCACAACGAACGUCGCACUGCGUCGCCAACAUUUUCCACCCACAAACACGAGAGUCCAGUUCCGAUCCGACUCGGCCAUCGGACAGUCGGCGUUCACUUUCCGCCCUCACGAUAUCGAAUCGCGUGAAAACCUCGUGUGUGUGUGUGUCUGUAUGUGUGUGUGUGUGUGUGUCCUUUAUUUGACUCUCUAUCUCUCUCUGUCGUUUUAAAGUUUGUGUUUGGUGACAUCGAAUAGUCAUCAGGAAAUCAAAACACGACAGGUCUUUUAAAUAGAAUCAGAAGAUAUCCAAACAGGACAUUAAAAGGUACACGACGAAAUCGAUUGUUUGCGUGACGUUGUCAAUUCCGUCCCCUCCCACUAUAGUUAAAUUUGUGUCUGUGGAUGAGAAACGGAUUAUGGAUUACGUCUCGUCCAUCGCGGCGCUCAAUCGCGUCGUCCGUCAUCUCAGCCAAUCGCUAAUGGUCGACAAGAGAAUGGCCCUCAAGGGCGAUUACAUCCGUUAUCCUGCCCUGCUGGAGUUGAGCAGUAAAUAUGGUCUGCAGACGGACGUGUCGGACGCUUCGCUCGGCCAACAGCUGGAAGACUUGCGAGAGCAGAUCCGCCGUGAGAUUCGCAAGGAGCUCAAAAUCAAAGAGGGAGCAGAGAACUUUAAGAAAGUGGCCACGGACAAACGGUCGCUCGCGGACGUGACGGCGAUGGUCAAAAAAGCCAACAACAAAUUGCAGGAAUUACAGGCGGAGUUGCAAGAGCUGGACUCGCAGAUCCUGUUGACGCAAGGGCAGGGCAGCUGCGGCCAAGGUAGCACCAUGAUGUUGAUGAACAUGAACACGCCACCAGCACCCAUGUCGCCACCUGUCCAUCACAGCCAGCAGUCGUCCACCGUUUCGAAUAGCCUCGGCGGAAGCGUCGUCGGCGGCAACGGCAACAUCGUCGGAGGCAAUCAUCAUUCGUCGACCCUCGGCAGCCAGCCGUCGAGUAUCGGAUCCAGCAACGGAUACGAGACGCCAAUGUCGCCGGGUGAUGUGGCCGUCCAACGGCCGGACGAAGGCUCGCUGUCGGAACAGCGGAUCUCGUCGCUCGAGAAGCAGCUAAACAUUGAACAGAAGGUGAAACAAGGCGCGGAGAACAUGAUCCAGCAGUACUGCAACGGACCGACGCGCGACAAGAAACUGCUGGCCGAAGCGCAGCAAAUGCUGGCCGAUUCCAAGGCCAAAAUCGAGUACAUCAAAAUGCGCAUCAUGAAGGUGAAGCAGGUCCAGUCGGAAGAAAUGGACGGCAAAGGCUCCGCCGAUGGAUCGCGAGUCAGAGGAGACCGUAAUUGUGACUUUGGACUGAUGACGCCGUUGGAGGUCCGGAUCGAGGAGCUGCGCCACCAUUUGCGGAUUGAAUCAGCUGUCGUGGAAGGAGCUAAAAACGUCAUCCGGCUGCUCCAAUCUGCCCGUUCCACUGAUAAGAAAGCUUUACAAGAGGCGCAGGCCAGUUUGUCCGAGUCAAGCCAACGGCUGGACCUGAUCCGGCAUUCGCUGGAGCUGCGCAACAAGGAGCUGCCGCCGCAGCAAUCGGCCAAGGCCAUGGAACUGAAGAAGGAGCUGGAAUCUUACACGGCGUCGAGUCCGACGCCAUCGGGCGGCAGCAGCUACGUCAGCCUGCAGCCGUUCAAACAGGGCCAGGGAGGCGGACAGGCUGGCGACACGCCGACGUCGUGCUCGUCUUCGUCCCAUUUGCUGGGCAAAUCGGCCGCCAUCACCGGCAAGCUAGAAGUGCGCCUGAUGGGAUGUCAAGAUCUACUGGAGGACGUUCCAGGCCGAUCGCGGCGAGAUUCCACUCACUCGGCUCCCAAUGACCUGAAAUCCUUCGUCAAAGGUGUGACAGGUAGAAGUUCGUCCAAAUCUUAUAGCGUCAAGGACGAGACGAGUAACGAGAUCAUGGCCGUCAUCAAGUUGGACAAUGUGACGGUGGCGCAGACGAACUGGCGGCCGUGCUCGCAACAGGCCUGGGACCAGCGUUUCAGCAUCGAUUUGGACAAAUCGCGCGAGGUGGAGAUCGACAUUUACUGGCGCGACUGGCGCUCCCUGUGCGGAGUCAAGUUCCUGCGCCUCGAAGAGUUCAUCGACGACGUCCGGCACGGGAUGGCUCUCCAGCUCGAACCGCAGGGGCUGCUCUUUGCCGAGAUCAAGUUCCUCAACCCGAUGAUCUCGCGCAAACCCAAACUGCAGCGCCAGAGACGCAUCUUCAAACAGCAAGGCAAAAACUUACCGCGUUACAAUCAGAUGAACAUCAACGUGGCGACGUGGGCGCGGAUCAUCAAACGGUCGCAACCUAACGAACACCAGCACUCAACGUCGAGCUCGUUAUCGUCGGGAGGAUCGGUGGUUCGGCCGAGCAGCUUGUCGUCGUCGACGCGUCCGCUCCCGCUCAAUUUGAUCACGUCGCCGGCGUCCAUCUCGUUGCCACCGGCUUCGACCAGCAGCAAUUGCAGCCCUCCGCCUCAGCUGGAGACGCACUCGGCCGAGGCGCAGCAGCACGUGUCCUCGCCGCAGGAGAACAACAGCCACAAGCAAUUGGAGCUGACGGUGAGCGAGAAGCCGCAAAAUUACCAUCAUCCUCAUCAUCAUGCACAGCCACAUCCCGCUGCUCACGCGGGAGUGUCUUCCGGCAUGGCGGGCACGUCGAUGGCGCGACCACUGAGCCUCAGCUUGUCGUCGCCGAUCGUGCCGAUGCCGCUGAGCAGCAGCGGCGGCGGCGCUAACGUUGUCACCUCGCCCGUCACGCCGACGGCACUGACGUCGACCGUCGUGCCCAUCCAAUUUCCGCCGUCAGGUAAGAAACCGGCGCCUCCGCCGCCGCCGCGCACCACGUCCGUCGUCACCAUCGGACACACGACGCCCGUCCAACCGUCGGCACAGCCGCCGCAGCCUGGCCCGCGAACGUACCACCACACCACCACUCCGUCCGACACGGUAGAAGAAGUCAAGGUGUUCCCUCCUGUGAGACGUCCAGGCCGGCCAAUGGACUACCGUGACAGCGCCUAUGAAUCACGUCGUACCUCUCAAUUCACUGGUGGCAUUUCGCUGGACAACUUCCGCUUUAUCAGCGUCUUGGGCCGCGGCCACUUCGGCAAAGUCAUUCUGGCACAAUAUCGCAAUACUGGCGAGUACUUUGCCAUUAAAGCGCUGAAAAAGGGCGACAUCAUUGCACGUGACGAGGUCGAAUCGCUUUUGGCCGAGAAGCGCAUCUUCGAGGUGGCCAAUUCCACCCGCCAUCCCUUCCUCGUCAAUCUCUUCUCCUGCUUCCAGACCGAUACGCACGUUUGUUUCGUAAUGGAGUACGCAGCCGGCGGCGAUCUGAUGAUGCACAUCCACGCGGACGUGUUCACGGAGCCGCGUGCCGUCUUUUAUGCCGCCUGCGUCGUUCUUGGCCUUCAAUAUUUGCACGAGAACAAAAUCAUUUACAGAGAUUUAAAGUUGGACAAUUUACUGCUGGACACGGAAGGCUACGUGAAAAUAGCCGAUUUUGGAUUGUGCAAGGAAGGCAUGGGAUUCGGAGACCGGACGGGCACUUUCUGCGGAACGCCCGAAUUUUUGGCGCCCGAGGUGCUGACCGAACCCACGUACACGAGGGCCGUCGACUGGUGGGGUCUCGGCGUCCUGAUCUUUGAGAUGCUGGUCGGCGAAUCGCCAUUCCCCGGCGACGAUGAGGAGGAAGUCUUUGACAGCAUCGUCAACGACGAAGUUCGUUAUCCGCGAUUCCUGUCGCUCGAAGCUAUCGCCAUCAUGCGGAGGUUGCUGCGCAAGAAUCCGGAGAGACGCCUGGGAGCCAGCGAACGAGAUGCCGAAGAUGAAAAGCAGGCAUUCUUCCGACACGUUCACUGGGAAGACCUAUUGGCCCGGAGGCUGAAACCCCCCUUCGUGCCGACUAUCAGAUCGAUGGAGGACGUGAGCAACUUUGAUGAAGAGUUCACGUCGGAGAAACCAAUCCUGACACCACCCAAGGAUCCCCGUAUCCUGUCGGAUGACGAUCAGUCUCUUUUCAAAGAUUUCACCUACAUGGCCGACUGGUGUUGAUUGGUGUUACUUAACAUCAAAUUCUUCUUUCUUUUUCUGCGUGCAUUUCCCACUUUUUUUCCUCUCUCUCUUUCUGCCUCUCCUUUAUUUUAAAAACUAAAAAAAAAAAAAAAAAAAUUAUAGUUUGGGGCCUCAAAUCCCUCCCCACCACCCAAUCCCCACCCUCUCACUCGUUGAUUAAUCAUCUAACCAAACAUUUUUUUUUUUUUCUCUUGCCUCCUGGCAAACCCUCCCUCCCACUACUACAAUUUAGCUUAACUCGAAACAUUUGUCUGGGGGGGGUUUCGUGUACAUUAUGUUUCUCGAUAGGAAUACCUUUGUUCUUUUGUAUUCUCAUUUAUAAUUUUUUUUUUUUUUUUUACGAGGGUUAGGGUGGGAGGGAAGGGGUGUCACGAUGGGAUGCAAUUUUUUCCGCAGCUCUUACCACAAUAAAAGUAAUAAUAAUAAUAGUAAUGAAACAAAAUAUAUGCAAAACGAAGAAAAAAAGAAUGAAUAGAAAAUAGGCACGAAUGUCAAUCAGCAGUCCUAUUAUGUCCCUCUGUCGCAGACUAUUGCUCGUUUCCGUUUACGAACAUGUGUUCCUUUUCUUUGUGUGUGUGUUUUGUUUUAAGGAACACACAGCGCGUGAAGGACGCAUGAUUUAGCGCUAUUCAAAUACUUUACAUCCAUCCGACUGUGUAGAUUAUUGUACGCGCUGCCACUUGAAAUUUAUCAUUAAUCCUCCCCAAGUAUUCGUAAAAAUCUUUGCCUACCACCUCUCACAUCUUCCCUCCUUGAAAAAAAAAAAAAAGUGCCUUUUUUUUUCUUGUUCGUCUUCGUCGUCCUCUUUGUCUAUUCCCCUUGUUCACGAGAAAAAUUCGUUUGAUUAGAUGAAUUCACGUUAUUUUUUUUUCGGCUCGUCAGUGCACACAAAGACACACAUUUGAAAGGGGGGGGUUUUGUUGUUGUUGUUGUUGAAAAAAAAAAAAGGAAGUAAAGCGAAAAUCCUGCCAAUACUCGAGCCUCUUUCAUAACGUUUCGUUCCCGCUUCUUAAUUAAAAAGCAUGUUGAGAGAGGGAAGAAAGAAAGAAAAAAACGAAUCCUUCGGCUUCCCACCUUUUUUUUGUAUUUUUACAAAGUUUUAAGAAAGAAAAACACGCGAAAUUGGAUGCAAAACAUUUUCUGUCAACUUUCGGGCGAUGAGUAGACGAUGAGAAUCUAUUGUGAUCCUCAGGCCUUUUUUUUUUUUUGUUUUGUUUUUCUUCUUUCUUUCUUAUUAUUUCUUUUGUCAUUUUCCCUUCUCUUAAUGUCACCGCCCCCGUAUCAGCCUCAGCCACUCUCUCGUCGAACGUCUCAAGCUAGAAAGACGUGAUGCAAAGAGAUUACACAGAGCAUUAGGAAAGAAAGAAAGAAAAAGUAAAUAAGAAAUAAU